UAAUUAUUUGAUGCAAUUAGUUUUAAAAAAUGUAUGAUUCUAUGAUUGCAAAAAGCUUUAGUAAGCAUGAGCAAAAGAAAAUAGGAUAUGGAGGAUUUGUCUGCAGCUUUUUCAUAGUUUUCUGCUUUUUCACUUUGCUUGUACCAUAUUUGGGUCCUGUACCAUCUAUGAAUUUGCAGGUUCCAGUGGGUGUUGAUCACAAAAUGCUGUCACUCAAGGAAACAAACACUUCUCAGCCAAUUGUUGAAGAAAAACAUAAUGUGGGAAUGACCUCAAAAGGGUCUAGAAAUGUGAGUCUUCAAAUGGGAAACUCUAGUUAUGUGCAUAGUGAUUCAGAAAUUACCAUAAAAGGAAUCGGAAAUGUGAGUUUCCAAACUGGAAAUUCUACUUCACCGCAAAAAUAUUUGGCAUUGAACAAAAAAGGGUCAGAAAAGGUGACUCUUGAAGUAGAAAAUUCUACUUCUCUGCAUCACACCGACACUACCUCCGGUCCGGUAGCAAGUAGCAGUCAGCAUACAGAAACACCAAAGAUUGUGACAAAGAAAAUGCAGCCACUGUGCAAUACAGGGGAACCAAGAACAGAUUUCUGUGAGAUCAAAAUGGAUGUUUGGAUUGAUGGAAAGUCAGGCUCAGUUUUCACUGUUUCAUCUCAAGCAGAUAACAACUCCUGGAUUAUCAAACCGUAUGCUCGAAAAGAAGACUCGAACGCUAUGAGAUUUAUUAGAAAAUGGACAGUAAAAUCAGAAAACCAAGAAAUCACCAAGUGCUCCAAAACUCAUAAUGUUCCAGCCGUGUUGUUUUCGCUCGGAGGCUAUGUGGGAAACCAUUUCCAUGACAUCACCGAAGUUCUUAUCCCGCUGUUCAUAACUUCUCGACAGUAUAAUGGAGAAGUUCAACUCCUCGUGUCAAAUAAACGAGCGUGGUGGAUUGAAAAGUUCCAACAUGUACUAAAAGGGUUGUCAAAGUAUAAGAUUAUUGACAUUGACAAAGAAAAAGAAGUCCACUGCUUCCCAACUGCAACUAUUGGUCUAAAACGACAUCCGAAAGAACUAAGCAUUGACCCUUUGAAGCAUUACUACUCAAUGACAGAUUUCAAAAAGUUUUUGAGGAAUUCUUAUUCCUUAAACAGAUCCAAAGCAAUCAGAAUUGUCAAACAUGGUCAUGAACAGAAAAAGCCAAGGCUUCUCAUCAUAUCAAGAAGGAGAACAAGGACUUUCACGAAUACAGAAGAGAUUAGCAAGAUGGCUAGAAGCUUGGGAUUCGAAGUGAUUGUCGCUGAAGCAGGGGACAUGAGUCUUUCGAAAUUCGCAGAAAUUGUGAAUUCUUGUGAUGUUUUAAUGGGAGUUCAUGGAGCUGGGCUCACUAACAUGGUGUUCCUUCCUGACAAUGCAGUUUUUGUACAGAUUCUUUCACUUGGAAAGCUCCAAGGGAUUGCGAGGACUGCGUUCCAAGUGCCUGCGACGGAUAUGAAGCUUAAGUACUUGGAAUAUGAGAUAGCCAAAGAGGAAAGCACACUGAUAAAUCAAUACCCAAUUGAUCAUGCAGUUUUUACCAAUCCAUCUUCAAUUAAGAAGCAAGGUUGGGUGGCUUUUGGAUCUAUAUAUUUGGACAAACAAAAUGUAAAUCUUAAUGUUAAUAGGUUUAGACCAACUUUGUUAAAAGCUCUUAAGCUUCUGCAUCACUAGGGAUUUGUUUUAGAGAUCACAAAUAAUGGUCCUUGAGCUUUAUUGAUUAUUUUUCCAUUUCAUUUUUUUUUUUAAUAGUUUUGUUAAUAAAUAUGUCAACAUGUCAUCAAUAACAGAGUUCUCUUUUGUAUAGAGGCCGCUGAUGAAGAUCAUAUGUAUGUUAAAGUGAAAUUCAUAGAGCUAUAGCCCAUGAGAUUCUGAGAACACAAUCAUGU